AUACGGUGUCCAUACACGUACUUCCAGUGAUCCUACUUUUGUUGCGGCCUUUGAACAGUGCGACUUGGUGUUAAAUAGCAAAUAUUUAUGAGAUGAAAAUCAAUAAUCUAGUUAGUUUAAGUAUAAUAUUAUAAAUUGUACAAAAUAUUUAAAUAUUGCUCUUUUAUGAAUUGUUUAUCUUUUAUAUGGUCGAUAAACGGGUGAUCUCUAUUAUUAUGCAACAAAGGCAUUUAACUUUUUUUCCCAAAACAGACUUAUUCCUUAUUAUUCUUUUCGGUGAUUUGUACGUAUUCGGCUUUAGGAACGUUAAGUAAGAACGAUAAGGACAAACGUAAAAAAGACCACGAUAAGAUUAAGUUAUCAACACAAAAUGUUAUUAAAAGAGGUUUUGUUUCCGAUCGUAUGAAAACGAAAGAUAUAGUUAAAGAAUAUCGUUCAUAUUGCGAUGUUGAAAGAGAGUUGAAAAAUUUUAAAGGAUUAACUUUAGGUUACGUUACACCUUGGAAUAAUCGGGGCUAUGAUAUUGCAAAAAUCUUUAGCAAGAAGUUUUCAUAUGUGGCACCUGUAUGGUUACAAUUAAAACGUAGAGGAGUUCAAAGUUACGUAAUAGAAGGAGGCCAUGAUAUUGAUAAAAGUUGGAUAAAAGAUGUCACAAAAAAUAAGCCUGUUAAAAUGUUACCUAGACUUUUAUUUGAUGGAUGGAGUGGCGAAGAUUUUCAUCGUUUAUUUUCGUCUGAGGAUGAAGUUGAAGAAUGCGCAGAAACAAUUGCUAAGUUUGUUAAAUCCAAUAGGUUUCAUGGAAUUGUUCUGGAACUUUGGUCUCAAUUAGGAGGGCACAGGAGAGAGGAAUUACUGCAUGUUAUUGAACACAUUGGUAAAGAAUUAAGAAAGAAUAAGAAAUUAUUUGUGGUUGUAAUACCUCCUCCAUUAUUAAGCAACAAUGCCCCCGGAAUGAUAUCUAAAGAUGACUUUCAAAAGUUAUCCCAGUCAGUUGAUGCAGUCAGUUUAAUGACAUAUGAUUUUUCGACACCUUCUAGACCUGGACCAAACAGUCCUUUACAAUGGAUGAAAGCUUGUGUCGAAAGUCUCGUACCUGAUCCUUCAUCAGAGCUUCGCAAAAAAAUUCUUUUAGGAUUAAAUUUUUAUGGUUUUGACUUUGUAACGGGUAGCGGUGGACCAAUAAUUGGAUCGCAGUAUAUUGAUAUCAUUAGUAAAUAUAAACCUAAAUUGCAUUGGAAUUCUGAAUAUGCAGAGCAUCAUUUCAGCUAUAGAACUGGAAUUGGAGAACAUACCGUCUAUUAUCCGACGUUAAAGUCAAUUUUAAUGCGUAUUGACCUUGCACGAGAAUUAAAUACUGGUAUUUCAAUCUGGGAGAUUGGACAGGGACUUGAUUAUUUUUAUGACUUACUAUAG